GGCCGCGGCCAAUCGCGCCACGACGGGGGAGGAGCCCCAAAGGGGGAAAAAAGAAAGUGCAGCGGAAAGUAAGAGGCUCAUUGGGCGACGACUGUCCGGAUCGGGGUCCCCAGGGCUCCGCUUUGACCAGACGCAGGGAAAGAAGCAGCGCUGAGCGAGUCGACAUCCAUCCUCGCCUCUUUCGCUGCACCCACUCUGUCUCCCAAGAAAGGUGGACAAGAUGAGACCUCUGUGGUGUGUAAUGAGUCUCUACUUCUACGGGAUCCUGCAGAGUGAUGCCUCGGAACGCUGCGAUGACUGGGGACUAGAUACAAUGAGGCAGAUCCAAGUGUUUGAAAAUGAGCCCGCUCGCAUCAAGUGCCCACUCUUUGAACACUACUUGAAAUAUAACUACAGCACAGCCCAUUCAGCUGGCCUUACUCUGAUCUGGUAUUGGACCAGGCAGGACCGGGAUCUUGAGGAACCAAUUAACUUCCGCCUCCCUGAGAACCGCAUUAGUAAGGAGAAAGACAUACUCUGGUUCAGGCCCACCCUCCUUAAUGACACGGGCAACUAUACCUGCAUGUUAAGGAACACUACAUAUUGCAGCAAAGUUGCAUUUCCUCUGGAAGUUGUCCAAAAAGAUAGCUGCUUCAAUUCUCCCAUGAAAGUCCCCGUGCACAAACUGUAUAUAGAAUAUAGUGUUCAGAAGAUCACUUGUCCAAAUAUAGAUGGAUUCUUCCCUCCCAGUGUCAAACCAACCGUCACUUGGUACAUGGGCUGUCAAAAAAUACAAAACUUUAAUAAUGUGGUACCUGACAACAUGAACUUGAGUUUUUUCAUAGCUUUGGUUUCAAAUAACGGAGAUUACACCUGCGUUGUUACGUAUCUGGAAAAUGGGCGGCAGUUCCACCUCACCAGGACUCUGACCGUGAAGGUGGUAGGCUCACCAAUAUAUGCAUUGCCCCCCCAGAUCUAUUCACCCAAUGAUCGUGUGGUCUAUGAGAGAGAACCAGGAGAGGAGUUACUCCUUCCGUGUCAAGUCUUUUUCACCUUCCUGAAGGACUCUCACAAUGAGGUCUGGUGGACCAUUGAUGGAAAAAAGCUGGAGGACACCACUAUUGAACUAACUGUUAAUGAAAGUACAAGUUGGUCCAAAAUAGAAGAUGAAACAAGAACUCGAAUUCUGAGCAUCAAGAAAGUUACUGCUGAAGAUCUCAAACGCAGCUAUGUCUGUCAUGCUAAAAAUGCUAAAGGGGAGGUUUACCAGCCAGCCAGGGUGAAACAGAAAGUGGUAGCUCCAAGAUACACAGUGGAGCUGGCGUGUGGUUUUGGGGUCACAGUCCUGCUGGUGGUGGUUCUCAUUAUCGUUUACCAUGUUUAUUGGCUGGAGAUGGUCCUGUUUUACCGAGCACAUUUUGGAACAGACGAAACCAUUUUAGAUGGGAAGGAAUAUGAUAUUUAUGUAUCCUAUGCAAGGAAUGCCGAAGAAGAAGAAUUCGUAUUACUGACCCUCCGUGGAGUUUUGGAGAAUGAAUUUGGAUACAAGCUGUGUAUCUUUGACCGAGACAGCCUGCCUGGGGGAAUUGUCACAGAUGAGACCUUGAGCUUCAUUCAGAAAAGCAGACGUCUCCUGGUUGUCCUAAGCCCCAACUACGUGCUCCAGGGAACCCAAGCCCUCCUGGAGCUCAAGGCUGGCCUAGAAAACAUGGCCUCUCGGGGAAACAUCAACGUCAUUUUAGUGCAGUACAAAGCUGUGAAGGAGACGAAGGUGAAAGAGCUGAAGAGGGCUAAGGCGGUGCUCACGGUCAUUAAAUGGAAAGGGGAGAAAUCCAAGUAUCCACAGGGCAGGUUCUGGAAGCAGCUGCAGGUGGCCAUGCCUGUGAAGAAAAGUUCCAGGUGGUCUAGAAGUGGCGAGCAGGGCCUCUCCUAUUCAUCCCUGAAAAACGUAUGAAAGGGACAAUGAAAGGUGUAACACAUCCAAGGGUACUUUGGAAGAAAGAGUUCCUCCCUCUUUAUGUCCAAUUCAUUAUUUCAUUGACAGAAAACAAUUCUGUGGAAGCCUUCCCAUAGGGAUAAGUUCAGGGUGACUGUGUGACUAGCUGUUCUGUUUUCUCAGGCAAUACUAAGUUUCAGAAUGAUUGUGUCACCAGUCUGUCACCAGUCUCUGAUGUCACUAUGUUCUUUGCAGGCAAAGACUUGGUUAAUGCACAUUUUUUCUUCUGCAUCUUCUAUCCCUCUUAUUACUUGUCUCUAUUCUCUCUCUCUCUCUCUCUCUUUUCUGCCCCUCCUUGCAUUUUAACAUAAUGGGGCAGCCUUUGGCCCUGGACUGAAAGAUCCCUUAAUGAUAAGUCAUCUAUAAACAUCUAUAAACAGGGUCAUGAGUUUCCAAGUAUAGUUUUCUGUUUCUUUUAUUAUUACUCAUCCAUUAAAAAGAUAAACAGGGUCUAAAUUUACUUUACCUGAGGAUAAUGAGCUCCUUUGCUCACUCUGCUAUCCCACACACCAUCACAGCUGGACUGAUGGCCACGUAGACGAUACAGAGCAGUAAUUACUGAAACUGUUCCUAUAAUUGACUGUAGGACUUGCCCGCAUUUUCUCCUAUACCCCUGUGCCUUAUAUCUCAGGUAAUUGAUGUCAUGUUUGUCAACUUGAAAAAUAUAAUGUUUUUAUUAUAGUAAACUUCUGAGUAUCUCUAGCUUGACCCAUACUUAUUAUUCCAUCUUUCUUCUCCACUGUAACUUGCUUGUAUCAGUCAGUCAGAGUUUACAGGUGGCCCUACACCUGGCUCAUACUGGUAGGAAACUUCUCUAAUGGUGUUGUUAAUAUAAUGAAAUAAUGCUUUUAGGGCAUUUUCUGACUUAUGAAAAGAGGGCAGAACAGGAUGUUUGGCCAUUUGUCUUUUAAUCUCAGCAUUACUAAUAUGACUAUUAGGAAGGUGAUUUCUCCUCAUUUGUUUCUGUCUCCCCAUUGUGAAGUAUUGAAGUCAGACUCAGUGACCUUAAGAGUGGCUUUUAGCAUUAAUAUUAUAAGAGAAUUAACUGGACCUCUAGUAUUUUACCUAUUUUGUUCACUGUUACAGUUAAUACACUCAAUCCAAACAGGUCAGCUGAAAAAUCAUCAAUGUAACUUGUUUUAGUUUGCUUUUAGUAAAAUUUAACUGUUUUUAGUACUUGGAAAAGUAACAGUUAAGUCCACAGUUUACAGAGUGAUAAAUAUCUGUCAUAUAUGUGUGUAAGUGUGUGUAAAAUUACAUAUAUGUUUAUCUAUAUUACAUAUAGAUAUAGACAAAUUAUAUAUGUAUGUGUACACAUGUAUGCAUACUUAUGUUCAUGUGUGUAUGUCUCCAUACACACACGUGUGUGUGUAUAUGACUUUAACUAGUCACUAGCACAGUAUUACAAACUACUGGUACUCUUGUCCAGUCUUUGCAUUAUGUUUUUACUGUAGUGCUUUCUAUACGUUAAUAUUUGUGAAUUCACUGAUCACAGAGAGGUAGCUGUUGUUAGUUCACGCCUUCCCUAAAUUAGUAUAAACAACUUACUACUGCUACAGUUGAUCUGGGGUCUGUUGUGCACAGAGUUUCUGUGGUUACUGCUAAGCAGUAGCCAUCAUUUGGUGUUAGUUGAUCAUUUACUAUGUUCUGGACACAUACACUUAAAAACUAAACUAUGUGAAUCUCAGUGCUCUCAGUACUGGAUAAAUCUCUAUUUGGACUGUUGAGUUAUAAAUCAGCCUGAGUAUCCUAUGAAACACUAUAAGCUACAAUUUAAGGAAACCCUUGUCCUGUGGUAUAUUGUUGAGCAAUUCUAAAACUAUCUUUUACAUUUAAAAGUCCUUCAGCAGUAUUAAAGUACAUAAUACAUCAUUUCUUUAUAGAGGAUCAUCAAUCAUUUUAAAUUGAAUAUAAGCAUGAAUUUUUGACUAUAAAACUGUUCCAGAAGUCAUUCUUGGAUCUAACAUUUUUAGCCUCAUUAAUGCUUUUUCUUAUAACGAACCACAAUCACCCUUCCUAACUAUCCUUCACUCACAAGAGCAGAGGAAAUCUGACUCCAGAUAAUCAUUGUAUAUCAAAUUCUUGCAUCAGCUUUAGAUAAAUUGGGGGGGGGGCAGUCCCAUCACCAAGGGUCCAUUCGUUUUUGCACUUUUGGAUUCCAUAUUUAUCCCAAAUGCUGUUGGGUGUCCCUAGAAACGUCUUGACAUCUUUUUUCCUAUUUAUAUUCUUGUCUCUUGUACUGAACUUUUCCAAAUGUUAAAAUUUAAAGCAUCUCAAAUGUACACCGUAUGUCUCAUUUUAAGAGAAAAUUUUCAAGAUAUUUUGUUUGUUUUAUGUCCUAGAAGACUCCUAAUAUAGAGUAUUUGAGGGAGAUGGAAAAACAUAAUUUAGGGAGCAGAUAGGAAUUGCUCUCUCAUGUUAAAAAAAAUCUCUAAAGUUAAAAACUUAAUAUUUGAGAAAUGUGAUAUAAAGACCUACUUCAACCGAGUUAACAGAGAACUAUGAUAUAUAAAGUAUCUAUUUACACAAUUAUUGUGUAUACAAAAUUUAUUUAAUUUUCUUCUGUAUUGUAACUUAGAUGAUUCCCUAGGAUUCAAACAAAAAUCAUCCUUUGUAUUGGAGAACAAAAGCAUCAUUCCCCUGUUAAUUGUCCAUUUUCUUUCCAUAGGUUUUAAUAUUUUAAGGUUAUCUUUUUAUUUUCUUCAUAAACUUUUGUA